AUGGUCCUACUCUUCUUGCAUGUGUUUGCUUGGACAACUGUCCCCCUUGGAUUGAGCCGGGCUGGAGAUGCAGUGGAUCGGUGCCCGAGCGUGUGUGAGUGUUCAGAGUGGAAUAUUUUCCAGAUAACGUGUAAAUCCAUCGAUCACAUCCCGACCUUUCCCCAGAACACCGAGAAAAUCCGAUUCAUGGAGACUCAACUCAAGACAAUUCCCACUGAAGCUUUUACAAAGCUCCCAAAUAUUUCAAGGAUAUACAUAUCUAUCGACGCAACACUUCAGAAAGUGGACGCACACGCAUUCUUCAAUCUGGAUAAAGUCACACACAUAGAGAUACGCAACACAAAGAGUUUGAGUCACAUUGACCCAGAUGCUUUCAAGAACCUCCCAAUUCUAAAAUACCUCGGCAUUUUCAACACUGGGUUGAACAUAUUUCCUGACCUGACGAAAAUCCAUUCCACUGAUGUGAACUUCCUGCUAGAAAUCGCUGACAAUCCUUUCAUUUCAACCAUCCCUGCAAAUGCCUUUGGUGGGUUAUCCAAUGAAUCACUAACUCUAAAACUCUACAACAACGGCUUCACCAAGGUCCAGGCCUAUGCUUUCAAUGGAACUAAACUGGACGCUGUUUACCUGCACAAGAAUAAGCUCUUGACAUCCUUCAGUGAAGAUGUCUUCACAGGAGCCUUGAGUGGACCCACUCUGCUUGAUGUGUCCCAAUCCAGUGUCCACUCCCUUCCCAGCAAAGGGCUGGAACCACUGAAGGAAUUAAUGGCGAAGAAUACAUGGACAUUGAAGAAGCUCCCUCCUCUGAAGACUUUCUUUCACCUAAUGAGAGCUGAGCUCACGUACCCAAGCCACUGCUGUGCUUUUAAGAACUGGAAGAAAAACAAAGGGCUUUUAGAGUCAAUAAUGUGCAACCAAACCACAGGUCAUCGCCUCAGGCAGAAACGAUCCUUCAGUUUAUACAAUGGGCCUUUUUACCAUAACUAUGCUAAGGAUGACAACACAGGUCACACCUCUGACCAGGGUUCAAAGCUCAGAGAUUUCCAUAGCAACUCCCACUAUUACGUGUUCUUUGAGGAACAAGGAGAUGGAGAUAUUGGGUUUGGUCAAGAGUUGAAGAACCCUCAGGAGGACCAUCUUCAAGCUUUUGACAAUCAUUAUGAUUACAUGGUGUGCGGAGGUAAUGAGGAGAUUGUAUGCAAACCAGAGCCUGAUGAAUUCAACCCUUGCGAAGACAUUAUGGGUUAUGACUCUUUGAGAAUUAUCGUGUGGUUUGUUAAUUUGUUGGCCAUUUUGGGCAAUAUUUUUGUGCUCCUGAUUCUACUGACUAGUCACUACAAGCUCACCGUCCCUCGUUUCCUGAUGUGCAAUCUGGCUGUGGCAGAUUUCUGCAUGGGCAUUUACUUACUGCUGAUUGCCUCAGUGGACCUCUACACCAGAACCGAGUACUACAAUUAUGCCAUAGACUGGCAGACAGGGCCAGGGUGUAAUACUGCUGGAUUCUUCACCGUCUUUGCCAGCGAGUUCUCGGUCUACACUCUUACCGUGAUCACGCUGGAGCGCUGGUACGCCAUCAACUUCGCCAUGCGGUUAGACAGGAAGAUGCGGCUUCGACAUGCCGCCAUGGUUAUGGUGGGAGGCUGGGUGCUCUGCUUCACCUUGGCACUUCUGCCCAUUGCAGGAGUAAGCAGCUACAUUAAGGUUAGCAUCUGCCUGCCCAUGGAUACAGAGUCCCGGUUGGCUCAGGGCUACAUCGUUUUGGUCCUGUUGGCCAACAUCUUGGCGUUCAUCAUAAUCUGUGCCUGCUACGUCAAGAUCUACGUCAGAGUGAAGAACCCACAUUACAAAUCCGGCAGCAAGGACACAAAAAUUGCCAAAAGGAUGGCCGUGCUGAUCUUCACCGACUUCACCUGCAUGGCCCCCAUCUCCUUCUACGCACUGUCUGCCAUCUUGAACAAGCCGCUGAUAACUGUGACCAACUCCAAGAUCUUGCUGGUCCUCUUCUACCCGCUCAAUUCCUGUGCCAACCCUUUCCUCUACGUCAUCUUCACCAAGGCCUUCCGCCGCGAUGUCUUCAUCUUGCUGAGCAAGGUGGGCCUCUGCCAGCGCCGGGCCCAGCUCUACCGGGGGCAGACCGUCUCUGCAAAGAACAGCAGCAUUUUCUCUGGGAACCGGGGUGGCAGAGGGGCACCGCUGAACCUCACCAACACAAAUCACUUCUCUUGCGGCCCCCACCGACACUACAGUAACUGCCGGCAAACAGUGGCAAUUGCCAGAGGCUUUCGAAAUGAAGUAUUAUUGGAGAGGACUGUAUCGGGAGUGAAAAUUGUCACACCGGUGCCUAAGGUUAAGCCAAGUUACAAAGAGAAAGUACGAGAAGAGACGGGCAGCUGA